UUAUACUCGAUCGGAGAUACUCAUAAAAAAAUCUAAGGCACAUUUUUUUGUACUCGAGAUCAGGCAAAAUACCGACAUCUCUAAUGUACUGAAGUACGUGUGCUUCAUCUGCGGUCAGCAGUUCUAUCUCUUUUUUAUCAGUUUCGAAGGACAGAGAUUAGCAGAUCACAGUUUUCAGAUGCGCGACAAGAUAUACAGCAGUUAUUGGUACGAAGCACCCAAGAAGUCGCAAAAGCUAAUGAUUAUGGUAAUGACAAGGAGCUUGCAGCCGUUAGUUUUGAGAGCCGGCAAAAUUUAUAUUUUCUGUCUGGAAAACUUCGUCAUGGUAAAAUCACCUGAGACUUUCCGCGAGUGUUAUCUCAGAGCUGUUUUAAUGACACAUAACUCUUCUGUUUCGAAGGUUUUGCAGACUUCGAUGUCGUACUUUACAAUGCUCAUGUCCAUGCAGUAG